UGUGAGUGUGUCUUGCGGGAUUUCUUGGACAAGUACAUAAGUAGAGCCCGAUGACAGUUUGCUAAAGACCCCGAUACUCCGUCACCCUGUUGUGUCUCCAGCUUCUUCUACCCUGGUGCAGCUUCAACCGUCUCACCUGGAGACAAGAUGAUCUUCACCCUGGUGAUCCUCCUCCAUGUCUGCAUCCUGACUGUGGACUCUAUGGUGAUCUCUCCACUAUCCAACGUGUCCGGCGUCCUAAAGCAGAACGACAUCCCUUUAGACAUGGCCAAUAAAUCAGUUGAUGACAUGUAUAGAGGCUGCGCCUCACAAAUGCACAAUAAAGUAAAUAAUUAUUUAAAUAGUGAAUUAAAAAACAAAACGUUCAAAAACAUAUGGACCAAGUCUGAAGAGUGGACCAAAUUUAAGCUAAAGUACAGGAGCAACAAGGAUCUCAAAUUAGAUCAUUUCAAGGCUUUAUAUUGUUACACAUCUAUUAAACAACAUUUUUAUAAUAAUUUCGUGACCGCAGUAAGAACCAAUGGGCCAGUGUACCCAAGAGGCUUCAGUUACCACGCUAUCCACUUCCUGUUGUCCGACGCGAUCCGUAUCCUCAAAAAGAGUCAACAAGAAUGCUUCACCACAAACCGAAGAACCAAAGACACUUUUAACGUUCAAGGUAAUACUGAAAUUCGUUUUGGAUCCUUCACUUCAAAUUCGCUCCAAAAUAAUCUGGUUAAAUAUGGAGAGCAGGAUUGCUUUGAGAUUAAGACGUGCCACGGCGCAAACCUCAAGUGUAAUGAAGUUAAUGAUCAGGAAGAGGUGUUGAUUCCGCCGUAUGACAAGUUCAAAAUAACGGCAAUUGAACACAAAAAAAACAUUUUAAAUUGUAAGAAAUUGUACAAACUGACGAGUUCUGGAACUAAAAGCAAUUUUAACUGUUUGGCAGUACGCAGAGCAAAUUCUGGAGGGCAACAUCUGAAUUUGAAAGCUGCAGAUGUGAAUGCAAUUGUUCAACCAAAUGCAUUUUAAUCUUUUUUAUCCAUGUAGGGCUACUUUUCUACUUUCUUUGGGAACUUUUGCAAAUUACACAUUUCCAGUUGCUUGUAAUAAACAAUGAUGUAUUUUAUAAUGACAACGUCAAUCUGUUUA